CCGCAGCCGCAGCAGGAGGGCGACAAAGGCCUGCGUAUAGACUAACAGAGCUAGCAUCUGGAGGUAUCCACCGAAUUGGUCAAUGUCUCCGUUGAGAGGCCAUGGCUUCCAUCGAGCAGUUGGGAUCUGCUGCUGUGGGGCAGCCAUGAGAAUCGGACUGUCUCUUUCUGGCCUACAGCCGAUGCUAGCGAGUGCGAUGGAGCUUGUCGUGUCUUCCACGUCCUGGGAGCGGGCACAAGAAGGAUAUUUCCUGGGAACCUUGGGUUUGUCCCAUUAUGCCGGAGGCGCUUUUUCGGGAUCGCCUUUGAUGCUAGCGGCGGUGGCCCUCUGCGCGAUGCUGCCCGCCGCCGUGCGGGCAGUCGGUGCGGCAGUUCUUUUCUGCGCCUUCGAUCUCGCCAGCGCUCUCUUGCUUCGAGCUAUAUGCGUGCGCGCGGUGGCAGUGGAGUCGUGCGAAUGGGAAACCCAGCUGGAGGAGUGGAUGGACGAAGAAUCAAAGCCUCCGACGGACGACCCAGUCUCUUCAACAAGCAUCGCGGUGGAAUGUAACCUCGCCGGCGGUGCAAACACAAAACGACAGACGGGAAACGCUGCUGUAUCCCGUGGAAACCCCACAGGUGUGUCUUCGGCCGGUGCGGGUGGCGUUGCGUGGGACCUCCCCGAUGUCGUUCUCGCGGCCUACCUGCUUAACCCCGUUGUUGCCGGCCAGUGCGCCGCCCUGUCGGGCGACGUGCUAGGGCGCGUGUUCCCCUUAGCCGCGCUGGCGGCCGCAGGGUCUCGGCGACCGGGCGUCACUGCCGGAGCCCUCGCGGCGGCCGCCUGUCUUUGGCGCUUUUACGCCGCGCCGCUGCUACUGCCGGCGGCCCUGAUGCUUGGAACUUUUUCCUGCGGGAGCGUCGGAGCCGCGACGAACAAGACUGGCGGUAAGACAGCAGCAGGGUUCGACCCUCGGUCCCUGAAGGUCGACGGCAAGGCGUUCCUCCGUCUUUCUGCGGCGUUCGCGGCGUGGUGCGCGGCCAUACUUGGGGUGUGCUGGCUGGCCACGUCUCGAUCAUGGGCGUUCUUGUGGGCGGCGGCGAGGGGCCAGCUUUUGUGCGAAGACCUUACCCCUAACAUCGGGCUGUACUGGUACUUCUUUGUGGAGGUGUUUCCGAGGUUCCGCGGGUUCUUUCGAGUCCUCUUCCUGUCUCAGCCCUACGUGUAUGUCCUCCCCGCCACGCUGAGGCUCGGCAUGUUCCCUGAGGCACUGGCGUCGCUCGUGCUGGCUAUCUUCGGGCUGUUCCAGCCGUACCCCACCCUGGUCGAUCCGAUGCUGGCGGGGUGCCUUUUCCUGUGCCACCCCCGCACCUCCGCCCGCAUGCGGCUCGUGAUUCCCGUGGGGAUGGCAGCCCUGGUGCCGGCCUUGCUGCUGCCGACGAUGCGCCACUUGUGGCUGCAAGCGGGCACCGGCAACGCCAACUUCUACUACUUUCAAACGGUGGGGCUCAACGUGCUUCUCGCCGUGUUCGUGCUGCAGUUCGCCGCUGCGCUAGUCAAGAGGCGAAAGGCGCUGACAAUGGCGUUCGAGAAGCGGAGAAAAGCUCAAGCUGCGGCGGCAGGGACCGGGGGUGGGGCAGCGGUAGCAUUCAAGGGGGAUUCCUGACGUUGUGGGAGGGAUGGUGUGCCCGGAUUUUUGGCCAUGGCGCUUCUCUGUUGCAAGGGUACACCUUCUCUUCGUGUUGAGCACUGUUGUCCGGGAUGGGGGAAGGGCAACCAUGCGUUGAUUAUGUUGACGAAAUACGAUUCAACAACUACUGCUGUGUUUAGUGCUUUGGAGGACAUGCCGAAGGGGAUCGGUUGGUCCGACUACGCCUAGUGGCACGAAUGGCGACAAGGGUGCACGAACCGAUACAUACGCAUGUGCGCAAUGAGUACAUACAUCGAAUGCAUCGACAUUUGCAUCGAAUGCAUCGACAAUUGCAUUGCGUGGUUAUCGGAUCAACUGGUGGACGACAGGUGCCAAAUAUAGGCGAUUUGGGGGGGCAGGGCGGCGAGUGCUACGUACGCUGCCGAUAGCAGUACUUUGUUUUAGUCUUGCCGCCAGUACAGGAUUUAUUCGGAGGGAAUAACGCGCUUGAACGCACAUUGCUUGGUGCCACA